AUGGUUGGCCUCUCCUCGAUAUCGUGGCGCCUGCCUGCCUGGGCUACGUCUAGUACCGAUGAGGUCGAGGACGUGGACGAGCCUCCUGAACCAGAAUGUUCGCGGACUAGUCCCCAACAAUUUCGAAGAGCACCUGUGCAGCAACCCAGCGACAAAACAUCGCUUUUGACGAAAGCUAUCAUGGGUUUUCCAGAGCACGAAGUCCACGACGAAUACCGCGCGAUCCCCGACUUGAAUCGUCGACGUUCCAUGGCAAGCAAUGUCAGCAUUGCCUCAACUGCCGACUUGACGAGUGACACAGGCCUCACCAGCCCCGCUCGCACCAAUACGCCUAGUCCACCUCCACCCAGCAUCGUCGUAUCGCAACUGCGCACAGGACCUGUCCCGACGAAACGUAUCUCAUUCGUCGGCCACGGCAACACGGCGCAGACGAAACAAGGAGCUUGCCUGCCUUCCAACACCAGCUCGAAUGAUGAAGCUCCUCGAAAGCGGUCCAUUCAGUUUGCUUGCAAUGCGAGGCCGACCACAUCAGAGCGUCCCGCGCCGGCAAGGGUACCAUCAGCCCAAGAGGCCCCUCGUCGACCUUGCAUCAAAUUCGCCUGCCAAGCGAAGCCCACUUCGCAAACCACACUGGCUCGCAAGGCAACACCUCCUCCCUCGCCGCAAGCCCGCAAAUCCCGGUCCCCUUCGACUCCUCGCAAGUCGUCCGUCACGUCAGCCGGCAUGGCCACGCCCAGGCCGUCCAGCAGCCAUCGCAAGUCUUCCAGCGGAACCAAGACGUCACGCCCGAAGUUUAUCAAUGCCAAGCCCGUUGAAUUGGCAGAUGAUGGCUCGCACUUUCACGAAUUCGCUUGUGAGAAGACUCGCGAUGACGAUUGGAUCCGACAUGAUACCUCUGGUGCCAAGUGCAAGCUCACGAUCAAUGACACUUUAACCAAGGAGAACCACAUCCGCCUUAUCGCCAAGGAGGCCGAGGAAGAAGACGAUCUGGAAGCUGGCAGCGCUGAUGACGCCUCCGGCAGCCAAGGCGAGGACGAGGACGACUCGGGCGAGGAGAAUGAAGACGAUGGGGACGAUGACGCUUCUGACGUUGACUCCGAAUCCGACGAGGACGAUCUUGCAGAGGAGGAAGAUGAUUUCGAUCUGUCUGAGGGCUAUCACACCGAUGAGGAGACGGGAUUUGCCUCGUCCGACGACUCUGACGCGGAGGAGGAUGGUAACAUGGUCAUGUGGACACUGAGCAAGAGUCCGGCCAUUCGGCCUACACCUCCCAUUGCUCUCGCUAGACGUCCCUCACUGCAGGAUCACCCGUCUGAUUCUUCCACUACGACUGGCAGCCCGCGCACCCGCCGUUCAAAGAGGCAGCGUAUCAAGCCCCAGCAGCCCACCGUCGACCUCCCCGACAGCACCGACUUCGUAUGUGGUACUCUCGACGAAGAUCGUCCCCUCGAGGAGGCGUAUUUGUCUUGCAUGGCUGCGCGUCGCAACGAAAAGCUUCGCGUCAUUCCCCAGGACAUUGACCCAAGCUUCCCGGCCUCUGAUCCUGAGGAUGAGGACGAGGACUUGUACAACCCUGUGCACCACGACAGCGAUGAUGAGGAGUUUCUCCCUGGCGCGAUGGAAGAUAUCCACCACGAUCAAGACCGUUCCCGCCGCCCCCGCAAGAGCGGUGCCGCAUCACCCAGAAAAUGCCAUACUCCUCCACCUAAGCGUCACGUCUCGCCGGCUCCCAAAGCCCGAGGCAGAUCCCCCAAACUUCUGUUCGACGCACAUUCACCACGGCGCAUGCGCUCCCCUGCUCCUAAGGCGAUGACCACACCCCAAGGAUCCCCGCGUCUGGGCAAUCAUGUCAAGUUCAACCUUGCCGCCCGCCCCGGGUUAACGACCACCAAAUCAUUGCCCCGGCCUGGCGCUGGGUUUGGGAAGCAAUUCCGCAACCACCCCAAACUUGCACAGGACGACGACAUUCAUGUUCGAGGAGCACUCGACAUUGUCAAAGGCCUCGAGGGAAAGCGUCAGCGCCGCAAGGAGAAGUUUUACCAGAAAUAUUGCAACCGAGCCCGUCGUGGGCAAAUUCCCGAGCGCAAACCGCAGAAGCCAGGCCAUGGCGCGGAGCGUAUGAAAGAACUUGGUCUGCUCAUGGCUGGCAAGAAAGACCAAGGCAAUUAUGUGCUUUCUAUUUAA